UACACACACUGACACUGGGUUGAAUGUUUAUUAUACAAUUUUUCCCCCCUAUAAAGCAAAAUAUACAUUCAUUCUGCUCAGUCCACGCUAGUCAACGAGUCAGUCAAUACCGUACAGAACGAAAUAGUUUGCCACCGCCCAACCAGCAUUAUUUAGUUGUGUAUAUUUUUGCCAAUAUAGUGUAAAAGUGUGGAAAUAAAGUUAGUUAAAAGAAACGGGCUCUUGAUAUCGACAAGCAAAAAAAUUUAAAAUCAAAAAAAUUAGAAAAACGCGAAAAUUCGGAGAUUACUCACAAAUUUUCAAUCCAAUUUCCCGUGACUCCAAGUUCGUCUUCGCCUUCGUGUAAUUUAAUUUAACAAAAAAAAAUCACUUUUAAUUACUAACAUCUCAGACACCUCUAUGUGGGGGUUAAUGCAAUAAAAAAAAUUGUCAAUUGAAGUUUGUCGAAACUGAUUUUCCAUUAAAUUAAUUGAAAGUUAAACGGAAACCAUACCGAACAUUUCCAUCUCGACUGGGUCGAGAUUUGUGCCGGAAUAGUUAUCAAAUUAAUUAACCAGAAAUAAUUGGCUGGGGACGGGCCUGUGGAGGCAUUGGGAGGCAUAUAGCACCUUGAUCUUGGAAGAGUAGCGUGUAGCAGCCUCCCGUCUCCUCCGAAAGGCCUAUACCCUGUGCGAUUGAGACGAUAACGAAUUAUUGUGUUGUAGAACGUUCUUCUUGCAAGAAUAGUAACGAGAGAAAAAAGUGGUGCUGUGAUCUAUAGUUGUUUUUCUGCUUCGUUUUCGGUUUAUUUUUUUCUUCGUUUAAUCAAAGGUUCGAGUGUGCGACAAAUUCAUCUACGAUUUAAAAAUGGAAAUCAUUCCCGAGGGUAAACAUUUUAGAUUGGUGCAAGACAAUGAGCUUCCAGAAAUAUUGAAGUAUUUGGAACGAUAUUUGCCAGAAGCGUUAAAGUUCCAUCAAACAAUUAAAACGUACCUGAAUGACGGUGUCUGGCAGUUCUAUUUUUAUGUAUCGAAAAAUUGGCCGGAAGAUCCAAUUUGCUUGCACUUUCCCGGAUGUACUCUAACGCCCAAAAACAAUAUUUAUGGAAGUUUUGGAAUAUUCUGUCCAAGCGAACGAAUCGAAUGCGUAGACUUGCUGGAAACAGAGGAUAUACUCAUUGACUGGAGAGAGCCAAUGUACCUGAAUUUUACGCACAUAGCUAUUAUGAAUCGGUUGGAUGCAUUCUACGGAAGGAAAUUUGGCAUUAUGGAACGACUUGCGGGUGAUAUUUAUAUAAGCAAGGGACCAAUAGACGAAGUGGAAUUGGAAAGCCUACCGUCCGAAGAAGUUGAAAUGAGAGAACUGACCAUUGAUAAUGUAAAUACCAUCCAUGACCUCUAUCCAGCAAAUGAGAUCGAAUGCGUAGAAGCAUUUGAAAAGUUAGUUAAAACUCUUCCAGGUUUCGGUAUUUUUACGAAAGGAAACGGCCAACUAGCUGCAUGGAUGAUGCAUUCAUAUUAUGGUGCCAUGUUUUCGAUGCAAACGCGACCCGAAUACCGCAGAAAAGGGUACGGAAUCCAUCUGGCGCAGGCCUUAACGCUACGAGUGAAAAGUCGAGGUUACACACCAUUUGUAGUGAUUCGUCCAGAGAACGAUGCGUCCCGUAAUUUGUAUACAAAAUUAGGUUUUGUUCGGGCAUUUGCGACCGUACGGGUUACAUUAAGUCCGAAUAAAAUUCAGAUGAAAGCCAACGGUGAUGUUAUUGCUGACAAUGACAAUAUUCCAUAUGAGAAUGAGAAUGGUCAUGGAGCUCCCAAUGGCAAUGACAACCACCACCAUAACAACGACGACGAUGAUGCUCAACAAGACGAAGGGAUAGAAGAUAUGCGCAAUGAGACGGUUGAUAAUGUAUCUGUUUUAUCGAACGAUGACCGAGACGAAGGCAUUGACGAAGAGGAUGGGAGAGACGAUUAGGUGAUUAUGAUAAAUUAGAAAUUUUAUUAUUUUUUUAUGAACUAGCGUAACAUAUUAUUCCGCGUUGGCUAUAACAAAACAAAAAGAGAUCCAAUCGAACAACACACUGACACACACGAGUUAGCUUCAAUCUUUGAUCCAUUUUCUCUUUCUCUUGUCGGGUUGGUUAAAAAACGAACUGACGAUAACGUGAAACUCAAUUGUUUUUAAAAAAUCUUUUAACAGCACCAAAAUGGAAUAUUUAAGUAAUUCAAUGACCGUAUUAAGAUCCACAAGUUAGCGUUUUUGGCCAAAGCAUUUAUAUGUUUCUGGGAAACAGAAAGAUGCGGGAAGAUGGUGAGGAGAAACCGGAUUUUAUUCGCACAAAUUCGGCAUCAUUCUCUGGCCUAAAUCUUUCCAUAUAAAUGCUUUGAAAUGACGCACAUUUUAGGGGCCGUUCAUAAAUUACGUAACGCAAAUACCCGGGGGGGGGGGUGUUGACCUGGCGUUACGGUCCAUACAUUUUUUUUAAAGUUCCAUACAUUUUAGCGUUACAGACCCGGGGGGGGGGGUCUGAAAAUUAUCAAUUUUUGCGUUACGUAAUUUAUGAACGGCCCCUUACUCAAUAAAAAUAUUUACAUUUUUUAUCUCGGCUAAGUUUUUACACGGACUGAAAGUGCAAAAGAAAAGUUCUGUUCAACAACUUCUAUCAUUUUCAAUUAAUGAGGUGGCCGUGGUGGUAGUUUUAGGUCGGAAGUGCUACGUGAUUUAUCAGAAAACACUUAAAAAUAACAGAAGAACUUUUUUAUGAAAAAGAAUGUCGCAACAGUAUGCAAAUGAACACAAACGUCGAUGUAUUUAUUCAGCUGCGAGACGAAAGACAUUUUAACUCGAAUUAUCAUCUGAAAACUUAGAAAUGUUUAAGUUACGUCGUUCAACAUUAUAGGGUUGGCGUGUGCAACGCACAAUAUGCAAUUUUUCUAUCUAAAAGCAUUUAAAUCAAACUAAAAAAUAGGAACGAAUUUCUUAUGUAAAGUGGAUGAAG